GGAGUGGCUGGGCUAGUGAUGUCAUGCCACUGGGCAUGGCGGCCACCUGGUGAGGAGACUGGAGCCCAAGCCUGCUUGAAUCUGUCUGCCCGUUGCUUUGUGGGGCGCAGAGUUGCCUGAUGCCAGCUGUCCCUCAUUUGAGACCCUCUGGCUAGAGGCACAACCUCCUUCCACUUCUCCUCUUCUCUGUUCCCCCCAGGAGGACAUCUUGGAGAGAGGUUCUGGGGGCAGUGCCCCUUUAGGGUUAGGAGAGGACCUGAACCCUUGCUAUAGAUCACACUGUCUGAAAGAAAGAAAUAGGAACACAGGUGUCAUUUUAAAGUUUCUUAUAGCCACAUUUUCAAAAGUAAAAAAAAAAAGACAGGUGAAAUUAAUUUUAAUAGUGUAUUUUGUUUAAUUAAUAUAUCCAAAUGUUAUUUCAACAUGUAAUCAAUAUAAGACCAUCAAUGAGGUGGCUUUCAUUUUUUUAUGCUCUCUCCAUAUGCAGUGUGCAUUUCACACUGACAACAUGCUGGGUUUGGAUGAGAAACAUUUCAGUACUCUACAGUUGCCUGGGGCUGGGGAUACCGUAUUGGCCAGCACAAAUUGAGGACCGAGAGCUCAUUGUUGGGAGGUGGAAGUGGCAGGAGGGUUGAGGCUUCCUGAAAGUGGGCAACCUGUAGGGACUAGAGGCGUGGGCAGAGAUGAGCACACUGGCCUUGUUAAGAAACAGAGAGCAUGACAGCGUGUGUGUGUGUGUGUGUGUGUGUGUGUGUGUGUGUGUGUGGUGCUGGGGAUGGAACCCAGGUCCUUACCCAUGCUAGGCAAGUGCUCCAUCACUGAGCUCCAGCCCCAGGCAUGACAGUGCCCUUUGCUGUCAUGAUUUUGCAAUCCCAGAUUGAUAUUAGCUUCAGCUACUUCUAAGAAUGUAAGAUCCCAUCCCAGACUCAAACAGGUCUCCAGACUGACAUUUUCGUUAGUGCACCAGGAAACUGUACACACGGGAGAUUUCAAGGGCAUCAACAUGAACCCAGUUUCCCUCCCGUGUCCCAAGUCAUAUCUUCCCAGCCUGAAAUUCUACCACGUGGUGUUUUAGCUUAAAGCUCUGACUGUCUGUAAACUACAUCUCCCUGGGGAAUGAUAAUGCUUUGAGCUAUUAUCAGUCCCUUUUACCUUUGUGUGCAUGAGCUUGGGAUCCUAAGCUAAGAGAAGGUCUUGCUGGGGAGGCAGAGCUUGAGGAGAGUAGGGAGGGCAGGGUAUGGUGGGAAGGAAGGAAGUUUAGAAAAAAAGAGGCUGGAGGGGCUAACCGCAGACCUGCUUGCUGAUUCUCCGGGUUGGACUCUGAGUUCCUGGUCCAAGUCUUACCCAUAUUGAAAUUCUACCACUCAGUGUGGAGCUCUGUGCCCAUGUCACAUUUCUUAUCUAAAGAGUCCCUUUGUGGUCUCCAUUGGAGUGAUCUGGUUGGCAACCCUGGAGAAAAGGGGUUUCCAGAAUGUUCCUCCGUGGUCCUUGCACUUCUCCUCCUCCUGUCUCCCUUAGAGAGAGCUGGAGACCCAGGUGAGCCCUUGUGCCGAUGCUGGGUGAGAAACUAGACUCUGGACAAAAGGAAGAGAGAAACGUGGUGGUGGGCAGGCAGCAGGUGGCCCUGGAGGACAGCUGGCGCCUGUGCCACCGUGUCCUCAAGCCCUCAAGCCCCGUCCUGAAGGAAGUCUGACUUUCAAAUGUGGUUUCUGGGGUGUUUGAAGCAGCUUUUUUUUUUUUUUUUUAAAAGCUGCAUUUUUGUUACAAAGAUGUGCAAAUUGUGUAGGGGGCACGUACCCCUCAGCACCCUGGCACCCUCGGUUCAGAAGUUGUUAGUGAAGGAGAGGAGGAGUUGUAAGAUGCCUUGGGGUCUCAGGUGCCCCUGCCCUGAACACUCAGUGCCACCACACUCAUUCUGGGGACAGCUGCUCCCAACUGAACCCACGGUGGGAAGGGUGGUGACGAUGUCCCAUGUCCAGGAGGAGGCGUCUCCAGGCAGAGCCACACAGGGGAGGGCCCUGGGGCUGGCUCCAAGGAAGCAGAACUCUGAGCAGUUGCAGCGUUGUGGUAAGGGACAGAUGGAAGAUCCAGUUUGGGCUUCAGGGAGGAUGGGAGUGGGACAUGGGGGUGUCACAGAGCUGCCUGCCUUCACCCAGUUGAGAGGCUGUCAUCUAUAGGAUAUGAUUGCUAACGAUAGCCAAUAGUGUAUUAUCACAUGUAAGCCCUCACUGCUGUGAUGAGCUCAGGCAAGAAAACAUGGCUCAGAGAGGCUAAGUGACUCUAUCAAGAUCACACAGCUAGUAAAUGGCAGAAGUGGGACUUGAACGCUGGUCUGUCUGAUUCAGAUCCAUGCUCUGAAUACCAGACUAGCAUUUUCAGUGCGCCUUGCUAGGGCAGAGCCCCAAUGGCUGGGCUUUAGAAGGCCUAUAGGGGGCUGGAACGCCAGGCCCACCCUCAUCGCCCCUGGGCUCUCCCUGAUCAGAGGCUGUCAGGGAAGUGGUGGAGGCGAAGGAGCUGGCAGCUGGAAGGGGGAGCUCCGUCAGAGGCCUCUUGGGACUCAUAUUACUCUCCGCAGCUUGGCUCUUGGUUCCUCUCCGAAAUGACCAUGGAGUGUUGUUCAAUGGUAGGAUGGAGGGUGACAAGCCCCUGUCCUGGCUCCUGUCCCAGCCCUGUCCCUCUGAGGAUGCUCAGCUAAUUGCUGUCUCUUUCUCUGUGUCUGUCUUUGUCUGUCUGUCUGUACCUCUCUUUAUGGAGGGAGGUGUGCCCCUCUUCUCUUUCCUUUUUUGGAUGUGUCCUCUGACCCUCACAUCGUGUCUGUCUGUCCAUCUGCCUCUCUCUGUGCAUGUCCUGGUCUCUCCACAGGACCCUCUGGUGGACAUGGGUGGGGCCCUGGGGCCAGCCUUGCUGCUCACCUCGCUCCUUGGUGCCUGGGCAGGGUCCGGCUUGGGGCAGGGCCAGCAGGCUAUGACAGUGGCCGUGGUGUUUGGCAGCUCAGAGCCACCGCAGGCCCAGGCCCAGGCCCGUAUCCGCCUCACCCCCCAGAACUUCUUGGACCUGCCUCUGGAGAUACAGCCGCUCACUGUGGGAGUCAACAGCACCAACCCCAGCAGCCUUCUCACCCAGAUCUGUGGGCUCCUGGGUGCUGCCCGGGUCCACGGCAUCGUCUUUGAGGACAAUGUGGGCACCGAGGCAGUGGCCCAGCUCCUGGACUUUGUCUCCUCCCAGACGCACGCGCCCAUCCUCAGCAUCAGCGGGGGCUCCACGGUGGUCCUCACCCCCAAGGUGCUGUCUGAUCUCUUGUGCCUUCCUCCCUUCCAGCAUGGGACUGGGGACCAGGGCUGCCUGCGCCAGAAGGUCCGCGACGGCGUUGCCAUCCUGGCCCUGGGUGCCCACAGCUACUUGCGCCAUCACGGCGCCCUGCCCGCACCUGUUGGGGACUGCCGCAGCCACCCUGGACCUGUCAGCCCUGCCCGGGAAGCAUUCUACAGGCACUUACUGAAUGUCACCUGGGAGGGCCGAGACUUCUCCUUCAGCCCUGGUGGGUACCUGGUCCAGCCCACCAUGGUUGUGAUUGCCCUGAACCGGCACCGCCUCUGGGAGAUGGUGGGGCGCUGGGAUCAUGGAGUCCUCUACAUGAAGUACCCCGUAUGGCCUCGCUAUAGUGCCUCCCUGCAGCCUGUGGUGGACAGCCGGCACCUGACAGUGGCCACCCUGGAAGAGCGGCCCUUUGUCAUUGUGGAGAGCCCUGACCCUGGCACCGGGGGCUGCGUACCCAACACUGUGCCCUGCCGCAGGCAAAGCAACCACACCUUCAGCAGCGGUGACGCAGCCCCAUACACCAAGCUCUGCUGCAAGGGCUUCUGCAUCGAUAUCCUCAAGAAGCUAGCCAAGGUGGUCAAGUUCUCCUACGACCUGUACCUGGUGACCAAUGGCAAGCACGGCAAGAGGGUGCGCGGCGUGUGGAACGGCAUGAUUGGGGAGGUGUACUACAAGCGGGCAGACAUGGCCAUCGGCUCCCUCACCAUCAAUGAGGAGCGAUCGGAGAUCGUGGACUUCUCCGUGCCCUUCGUGGAGACGGGCAUCAGCGUGAUGGUGGCUCGCAGCAAUGGCACCGUCUCCCCCUCGGCCUUCCUGGAGCCCUACAGCCCCGCAGUGUGGGUGAUGAUGUUUGUCAUGUGUCUCACCGUGGUGGCCAUCACUGUCUUCAUGUUCGAGUACUUCAGCCCCGUCAGCUACAACCAGAACCUCACCAAGGGCAAGAAGCCCGGGGGCCCGUCCUUCACCAUCGGCAAGUCUGUGUGGCUGCUGUGGGCACUGGUGUUCAACAACUCGGUGCCCAUCGAGAACCCCCGCGGUACCACCAGCAAGAUCAUGGUCCUGGUGUGGGCCUUCUUCGCCGUCAUCUUCCUCGCCAGCUACACUGCAAACCUGGCUGCCUUCAUGAUCCAGGAGCAGUACAUCGACACCGUGUCAGGCCUCAGUGACAAAAAGUUUCAGAGGCCUCAGGAUCAGUACCCGCCCUUCCGCUUUGGCACAGUGCCCAAUGGCAGCACAGAGCGGAACAUCCGCAGCAACUACCGGGACAUGCACACCCACAUGGUCAAGUUCAACCAGCGAUCAGUGGAGGAUGCGCUCACCAGCCUCAAGAUGGGGAAGUUGGACGCCUUCAUCUAUGAUGCCGCUGUCCUCAACUACAUGGCGGGCAAGGAUGAAGGCUGCAAGCUGGUCACCAUUGGAUCUGGCAAAGUCUUUGCUACCACUGGCUAUGGUAUCGCCAUGCAGAAGGACUCCCACUGGAAGCGGGCCAUAGACCUGGCACUCCUGCAGUUCCUGGGGGAUGGAGAGACCCAGAAACUGGAGACAGUAUGGCUCUCAGGGAUCUGCCACAAUGAGAAGAAUGAAGUGAUGAGCAGCAAGCUGGACAUUGACAAUAUGGCUGGGGUCUUCUACAUGCUGCUGGUGGCCAUGGGGCUGGCCCUCCUGGUCUUCGCCUGGGAGCACCUGGUCUACUGGAAGCUGCGUCACUCAGUGCCCAACACAUCCCAGCUGGACUUCCUGCUGGCUUUCAGCAGGGGCAUCUACAGCUGCUUCAGUGGGGUGCAGAGCCUGGCCAGCCCCGCAAGGCCGCCCAGCCCAGACCUCACGGCCGGCUCGGCCCAGGCCAGCGUGCUCAAGAUGCUGCAGGCGGCGCGCGACAUGGUGACCACGGCGGGCGUGAGCAGCUCCCUGGACCGCGCCACGCGCACCAUCGAGAGCUGGGGCAGCAGCCGCCACCACCUCUCGGCUUCCGAGCGGUGCGCGCUCUCAGAGCGCCCCCUGUCCCCUGCGCACUGUCACUACAGCUCCUUCCCCCGAGCCGACCGGUCCGGACGCCCCUUCCUCCCUCUCUUCCCGGAGCCCCCAGAGCCGGACGACCUGCCGCUGCUGGGGCCAGAGCAGCUGGCCCAGCGGGAAGCCCUGCUGCGCGCAGCCUGGGCCCGGAACCCACGCCCGCGCCACGCUUCUCUGCCCAGCUCGGUGGCCGAGGCCUUCACUCGGCCUGGCUUGCUGCCUGCCAGGUACACCGGCCACGCUUGCUCCUGCCCCACCAGCCGGCCGGCCUGCAGGCACUUGGCGCAGGCACAGUCGAUGCGGCUGCCCUCUUACCCGGAGGCCUGCAGGCAAGGCGUGCCAGCAGGGGUCCUCGCCUGGCAGCCCAGACAGCACGUCUGCCUGCACGCCCAUGCCCACCUGCCAUUUUGCUGGGGGGCUGUCUGCCCUCAUUUUCCACCCUGCGCCAGUCAUGGCCCUUGGCUUCCUGGGUCCUGGGGGCCUCCAGUGAACAGGGGCAGGACCUUGGGACUGAGCACGGAUUACAGGGACAGUGGGGUGCUGGAAGAGGUCAGCAGGGGAGCCUGUGGGACCAAAGGCUCCCGAAGACCCUGCACCUGGAGGCGGAUCUCAAGCCUGGAGUCAGAAGUGUGAGGUGUGGUAGUUCUGGUUCCUGUUGGGCUGGAUUCUCUGCCUGGCACUGUCAGGGAUAGGGACAGGCAGCCUUGGGCUUUUCUGGCUUCUGCAACCAUAUGCUGGCCAGGGGCCCCAGUGGCAGAUAAUUCUUCCAUGGCCAGCUCAGUGACCUCAGCAGGCUUUGACUGUGUCCUCAACACUCAAAGCCCCAUCCAUCCAGCACGUGUCACAGGGAGCAGGGCCAUUGAGGGUGUCUCUGCCCUGGUGUUAGUCUGGCCCUGGUCGUGGCUGCUGUGGCCUUGGCAUGAGGGCACGGAGACUAGACCUGGGGGUGGGUGGGGCAGGGCCAUCCUGCUCCUUGCUCCACCUGACUGGAGUUUCUAAGUACGGAGACAUUAAACCAACCUCUUGCAACUCA